AUGGAGGCUACAUGUAGCCCAUGCCAGGGAACAGGGGGAAAGAGGAGGGAGGCGCCGAGCGGGGCAUCAGAUCCGCCCGCCGCCGAGCCGCCUAUCAAGAAGAUGAGACGCGACUCCUCGACGGACCCCGACGACUGGGGUCGUCCUGUCAGAGUGUACGCUGAUGGCGUCUACGAUCUUCUUCAUUUGGGCCACAUGCGACAGCUUGAACAAGCGAAGAAGCUGUUUAAAAACGUCCACCUCAUCGCCGGCGUGGCAUCUGACGAGGACACGCAUCGGCUGAAAGGACAGACGGUGCAAACGUUGGCCGAGCGCGCUGACACCUUGCGCCAUAUUAAGUGGGUUGAUGAGGUCAUCGCUCCCUGCCCGUGGAUCCUGACACCGGAAUUCAUCGAGGAGCAUAAAAUCGAUUUUGUAGCUCAUGACGCCGAGCCUUACCAGGCGGUGCAGAAGUCUAAGGAGAAGAAGGAACGCGACGAGAGGAAGAAGAAGAAGAGUCCACCGGUCGAUGAUGACAUCUACGGAUGGCUGAAAGAAGCCGGGAAAUUCAAGGCAACGAAACGGACGGCAGGGGUUUCAACGACUGAUUUGAUCGUCAGAAUUCUCCAGAACUACGAAGACUACGUCGAUCGGUCCCUUCAGAGAGGUGUCACACCAAAGGAUAUGAAUAUCGGGUUCACAACGGCAAACGCCAUCAAGAUGAAGAAGAAUAUGCAACGCUGGGGUGAAAAGGUCUCCGACGAGCUCACGAAGGUCACCUUGACAGACAGGCCUCUCGGUGUAAACUUUGACCAAAGCGUGGAGAAAUUGAGGAACAGUAUACAUCAAACGUACGAUACCUGGAGAGCACACUCUCACAAGUUCCUCAAGGGAUUUGCGAGAACCUUCGAGCCGAUGAAAUCCUUCAUUGGCCUCCAUCAUAAAGGCUCGCGUCACACGAGCGACGAAGAAGACGGAGCCGCUUCAGAUACAUCGCAGUAG